UCAUCAAGAAGUAAAAGUUCUCAGGAGUAGUAGAAUGUAAGGUUGGGCAGGACAGAUGCUUUCCUGUUACAGCAAAAUUCCUCCUACCAGCCCUUCUGAGUGACUUGAUUCACCCACUAGCAAAUUUUGCUAGGUAGAAUGAACAUGGUCGUGGGAGAUGAGCAGGAGGCAUUGAACUCCAUCAUGAAGGACUUGGUUGCACUUCAAAUGGGCCGACGUCAUAGAAUGCCUGGCUUUGAUACCAUGAAAAGUAAAGAUACUGCUCACUCUAACAAACAGAAAAGGCAGAAUGCCAGCAGUCCGGCCCUCCUGAGCAACCCUACAAUAACAAACCAGUGUGCCUGUGCAGUAGAGGAAAAAAAAAUUCCGAUCCUUCUACCUGGCUUGUGUGCUCCAGAUACAAAUCUCAUUGACAUAAACCAGAUACAGAGUGACGUAAGGAUAAAGUUUGAACAUAAUGGGGAAAGACGAAUUAUUCCCUUUGUACGACCUGUGCGAUAUGAAGAUGUACAGCAGAAAGUGAAAACAGCCUUUGGCCAACCACUGGAUCUCCAUUAUAUGAACAAUGAGUUGUCUAUUCCUUUGAAAAAUCAAGAUGACCUGGAUAAAGCAGUAGAUCUCUUGGACCGAAGCUCAAAUGUGAAAAGCCUUAGAAUAUUACUGCUGUCCCAGGACAGAACCCAUACUAGUUCUUCACCACAUUCGGGGCUGCCAAAACAAGUCAGGAUCAAAACUUCCCAAUCUGUGGGGGAUGUGAACACAGCCUACCAACCACCAGAGCCCAGAAAUAGGCACCUGUCUGUCAGUUCUCAGAACACAGGCCGAAGCUCACCUCCCCCUGGGUAUGUUCCAGAGAGGCAACAGCGAAUUGCUCGCCAGGGUUCUUACACCAGCAUAAACAGCGAGGGCGAGUUUAUCCCAGAGACCAAUGAACAGUGUAUGUUGGAUCCUCUAAGCAGUGCUGAAAAUUCCAUAUCAGGAAGCUGUCAGUCCUUGGAUAGAUCGGCAGACAGCCCUUCUUUUCGGAAAUCACGGAUGUCCAGAGCGCAAAGUUUCCCCGACAACCGACAGGAAUUCUCAGAUCGUGAGAAUCAAAUCUAUGACAAAGCAGGGAAAGGGGGGACAUACCCUCGGCGCUACCAUGUCUCCAUGCAACACAAAGAUUACAGCGACGGCCGGAGGACAUUUCCCCGGAUACGACGGCACCAAGGGAAUCUAUUCACGCUAGUGCCAUCAAGCCGCUCCCUGAGCACCAAUGGGGAGAAUCUGGGCCUAGCAGUGCAGUACCUGGACCCCCGCGGACGCCUGCGGAGUGCUGACAGUGAGAAUGCUCUUACUGUGCAGGAAAGGAACAUCCCAACCAAAUCUCCGAGUGCCCCAAUAAACUGGCGACGAGGGAAACUUCUGGGGCAGGGUGCCUUUGGUCGUGUGUACUUGUGCUACGAUGUGGACACUGGCAGAGAGCUUGCUGCUAAGCAGGUCCAGUUUGACCCAGACAGUCCUGAAACAAGCAAGGAGGUGAGCGCUCUGGAGUGUGAGAUCCAGCUGCUGAAGAAUCUCCAACAUGAGCGCAUUGUUCAGUACUAUGGCUGCCUGCGGGACCGAGCAGAGAAGACCUUGACCAUUUUCAUGGAGUAUAUGCCUGGGGGUUCCGUGAAAGACCAGCUGAAGGCCUAUGGUGCACUGACAGAAAACGUGACACGAAAGUACACUCGCCAGAUUCUUGAGGGAGUCUCCUAUCUUCACAGCAACAUGAUUGUGCACAGGGACAUAAAGGGAGCCAAUAUUCUCCGUGACUCUGCUGGGAAUGUGAAGCUUGGAGACUUUGGGGCCAGCAAGCGGCUGCAGACCAUCUGCAUGUCUGGAACCGGUAUCCGCUCUGUCACCGGCACGCCGUACUGGAUGAGCCCAGAGGUGAUCAGUGGAGAAGGUUAUGGAAGGAAAGCAGAUGUUUGGAGCCUCGGCUGCACUGUCGUGGAGAUGCUGACUGAGAAACCCCCCUGGGCAGAAUAUGAAGCCAUGGCAGCCAUUUUCAAAAUUGCCACACAGCCAACCAAUCCCCAGCUCCCUUCUCACAUAUCGGAACAUUGCCGGGACUUUCUAAAGAGAAUCUUUGUGGAAGCCAGGCAGAGACCUUCAGCCGAAGAGCUGCUCAGACAUCACUUUGCACAGCUCCUGUACUGAAUUACCUCCUCUGCCAGCCAUCCCGCAGGGCUUUCAGCGCCCCUGUCUGGCGAAACCAUGCAAGUGACCAUUGCGGAGCUGCCUCUUCAGAAUGCUGUCUCAGCUGUCGUAGCCCUCUGGGCACGUGAUGCUGAGGAACCUGGGGUCUGUUCUGUUCUGCAGGACUGAUGCUCAUUCCACCAAUGGCUGCGCAGCACCGAGCUGCAUUUUGGCCUUGUUAUCUUGUGGUGAGGUUGCAGCUGGCUGCAUGUUUUCUGCAGGCACAAGCAGAGGGACAUAGGAAGCUUCUUGUUGAAUGUAAAUAGGCAACAGCAAUCUGGACCAAAGUGGGAACUGGAGGAGCUAUGUUCAGAGUAGAAACCUACGACAGCCGUCCAAACCCGCCCUCCACAGGGGCUUUACAGUGGGGAUUGCACUCCUUUCCAGACUGCUAGGGCUGCCAGGUUUCUGCAGUACAAGAAUCCAGCAAAGCCAUGUGUCAUUGAGCACACGCUCUAUAUAUAAUUAUAUAUUUUUCUUCUUAAGUAUUCAGCAUCUGAAGGUGUUCAGAAAAUAUUGAUUCAAAAAUAUGUGAAUAGUAUUAUUUUAUAGUGAAACCAGGGGUGGGGGGGGUUGCUUUGCUAUCCAACUGUCAAGAUAAUCAGAAAGGAGGUUCCAGCAGAACAUAUGCUCUAUAGGGCCUAGGCUAGAAGGCUCUCCCAGUGAGGUUAGGGAGUCCAUACUUGAUUCCCAAGGCCAAACUUAUCCUAGCAUCAAGACAUGGUAUCCUCAUUGUACAACCCUAAGACUGCUAGUUCCAAACAAAACUCUUCUUUCUGCCGUACCUGUCUUUUCAAAGUGAUACAUUAUUUUUACCAAUCCCUUUAACCAAAGAUGAUUUCAAUGCUGCCAGAGAACUUACUUCAGGGAAAGGUUACAUAUUUGCAUUAGGCCAGACUGACACAGAUAUGCGGAGAAAUUGCCCUUUCCUGCAUAGGAAUGAGUUUACUGGACACUAGUUUCCUGGGUCUUCUGGGGUGAAACCAAAGGCGAUCUUUCCCUGCAUGUUUCAGUGUGUGCAGAAAUACUCAAUUCAGGUUUCCAUGAUCUUUUAAAAAAUAUUAGAGAAGCUUUUCUAAUUGAGCCAUGUCAGUCAGUGAGGCAAAGGUAAAGAGCAUUUGUUUUGCCUGUCUGAAAGCAACUGGAAAAAUGAGUCUUGCUCUAUAGUAUCUAGUCAUGGAUACAUACCAAGUUUCUGAUAUCUGUGCCCCUUGUGGCUUGCUAGUCUCAAAAUGCUGCAUUAUGAUUGGUACACUACUAAUCUACCUGGUCUUAGUGACAGGACUGAAGGCAAUAAGAUCCAAUUUAAAAGCACUAUUGAAGCAGGUUGUCAUGUUUUUAUUGAACAGGCUCCUCACCUAGGAAUAAAUAAGACCUUGGGUUAAUAAAACUGUAAAGGCGUAAUCUAAAGUGGUUUCAGGGAUCAGACUGAGAGGGUCCGUUCUGGUCAGUUUCAUGGUCACAAUUUUAAAAAUGGUAAAUGUCAUUAUCUCAGCUAUUUAAAUCUGAAAUAUCAGUGUCGUAUUUGUAGGAGUUCUGACCCAAACAGGAACUGAGGGGUGGUCACAAUGUUAUUGUAGGGGGCUUUGCGAAACUUCUGUGCUGCUGCUGAUGGCAGCGCUGGAGAGUGGCAGCUGCUGGCUGGGAACCCAGCUCUGUAAGCAGAAAGACUGCCAGCAGCAGCACAGGCGUAUGGGUAGCAUGGUAUGAUAUUGCCACCCAGCUCUGAAGUCAGCACAGAAGUAAGGGUGGCAAUACUGAGACAUGCCCCCUAAAAUAACUUUGUGGCUGUCCUAGAAUUCUUUUAGGUCAGGACCCCCAGUUUGAAAAACACUGGUCUUGACACAAGCAAUCUGAAUAGCAUAGCGUAAAAGUCCGCAAGACCACAUUUCACAGGGGGGAAACCAGAUUUCAUGAUCUGUGAUGUGUUUUUCAUAGCUGUGAAUUCAAUAAGACCCUAUGUAUAAGCAGUGAAAGUGGGCUAGUGAUUAUUAUCCGUUUCACUUUCAGGCUCUCAGCCUCUAACAUAAGAAUGCAGUAUUUAGAAUCAUAGAAUAAUAGGACUGGAAGGGACCUCAAGAGGUCAUCGAGUCCAGCCCCCCGCCCUCAAGGCAGGACCAAACUCCGUCUACACCAUCCCUGACAGAUGUCUAUCCAAGGGUGGGAGCAUCUUUCUGGGAAUUAUUUAAUUCCUAUGGACACACAUCUGUUGAUCUUACAAAAACCUAGAUUUUGAGCCACAUUUUUCCAGACAGCAUCCCUGUUAUCAACAUAUGGCCUCACUAUGCAUUGUCAUCAUUUGCACCAGUGAAAAGUGGAGUUAGAUGCUACCACUCUGCUUUGGGAGCAUUUUACACACUCUUUGCUCUGGUGUGAAUGACCACAUCAAGUGCAGGACAAUGGAAAACUGGACUCGUUCUCAAUAGAAGUAGAACUGAAUAGUCCUUCCAUUGCCAAUGGCAGCAUUAUUCAAGCCCGUGGUUUAUCACUUGCAGCCAGCUCUUAACUUUCAAAAUAUACCAAAGAUUAGCACCUUUUCCUGCUUCAGAAUUUAACUUGCAGGUAUCCAGCAGCCACGAGAACCAGUGCAACAUUUCUGUCUUGAUUUGGCCCAUUUUUACCUAGUUUGUUCUCACAAGGCCUGCUUCCAUGGUCUUUACUCCUUAUCCAGCACACCUCUCUUUGGGAGAACACAAUAGGGGGCUGAGGAGAUGGUGUAAAUGGUUUAACGUUUCAAAGCAACUAAACCUCAGGAUCUGUGGUAGCUUUUACCUCAUACGUAUCCGUGGAACGCUGUUCUGGAGCAGAGCAAAUAGCAUCCUGCACUGACGUGCCAAGUCCUUCACCCUGCCGGCACUCUGACCUUAUCCAGAGCCCUGGAACUCCCUGCCAGUACUGAAAUGUGCCUACUCUGUGUAUACACUUGUAUUCCAGUUUCUAUUAUUGGAGGAGUGAUUGUACAGUGACAGAAGCCUUCUGUCUGAGAACAUGGAAAGCCAGCUUGAACUUCUUGUAUUCCAGUACCUGACCCAGUGCCGCCUGCUUGGCACAAGUACAAGCCAAAGCAUUACUUGUAUGUUUGGAGAUGCACUUUUAUGAAUGUAGUUUAUAUCGCUCUUUUUUAGCUCUUUUUACAUCAUGUAAACAUUGUUGCCUCAUACUUUUAUUUAUAUCGUAAAAUCAUAUUUGGUGAUUUUUAUAUAUAGCGACUUGACUGUUACGGGGUGGGGGGGGAAAUUUGACACCUUUAUGAAUUUAAAAAGGAAAAAGCAGCUGGUUUUGCAGAGUAUUUGCUGAUGGUUUAUAACGAGUAGUGCCGGUCCAAAUGCCGCCUUUGCUUCCUCACGGGGCCUGCCAGGCCCUCGCCCCCUUCAUACAAAUUGAAAAUCUAAAAUGCUUAUUCUGUCCCAAUUAAAGCAACCAUGAGGCUUCUCUCUCGUUCGCACUGAGUCCUGUCUGUAGAAAGGGCCUUAAAGGGAGCAGCAGUUGCAUUUGCCCACUACUACAAGAUCUCUUGGCUUUGCCAGUGUUGUGUAAAUGACAAUAGAACCCAUUUUGGGGGCUUGUCUGCCUAACAUUAAGUACUGGUGACUAUUCCAAAUCUUAUUUUACAUCUUCAGCUGCUCCGGCCAGCAAGGGAGGGAAACUCAGUGCUUGUUCUGAGCUCUAGGAUCCUCAGGCUAAAGGCCCUGUAGUAAUGAAGAGAAUUAGAAGCUCUGAGGGAUUACCCGGUCGUAAACCCUUGCUCCUGGGACAGUUCAGGCCUCAACUCAUUUAAGGUGAAGAAUCUGCAAAAUCCUCAUUGGAAAGGAGAUUGCCUCACCACUAUGUCCCGUGCAAUCCACUUAGCCUUGGAACGGAUCCAGUUUAGAGGGGAUUUAAUUUUCAUUGAGCUUGUGGGGAAACAAACACUUGGCAUUUUGGUCUUGGUGUGACGAUUCUGUGCAUUCCAGGUUAUCCACUUGCUCUCCAGCAGAUCUGAUUUCUCUCCCAGUCACUGUAAAUCGCAGCAGUUUGGCUUCUGUUCUUGGUGGGGGGCGGGGUAUUCCAAAGGGCUGCAGAUCACAAAACCCAUUCCCUAACUUUGCAAAACAAAGUGGGCCCUAGGGGAAAUUGGUACCUACUUUGCUGAUGUACAUUCUUUCUGAGGUAUCCGCAGGCUUGCCUAACUUGUGCUGCCUCAGGAACCAUAUAUCCCCCUGUGUAACCGCUGUCGGGUAUAUGACCACAAGGUGCCCCACACCAUACAGUAGCUUGGUGCUUAGUCUCUGUUGCUGCUCGGUGGGAGGGGUUUUGAGUGUCUGAAUAUGAACUGAAACCUGUGUACAGCACCAAGCACUCCCUGCAAUUGGGAAUCAAGAUUCGAUUUUUUUUUUUCCAGAGGCCUGCCAUUGGGAUUUGGGCACCAACAGCCAGAAGUCCUGUGACCAUCCCAGGUGCAGCUGGGAGCUGAUCAUGCAUACUAGGUCUGAAUUUCCCCACUGGGAGGGAGACGUACCUGAGAGGCAGUUUAGGGGACUCUGGAGUCCAUAACUACACAUCUGGGGAGCAGGGAGAUGUUACGGUCUUAACCUGGGUUGUGCAGAAGACCUUGAACCAGUAGUUUAUCUGAUUUAUGUAUUCUGACCAGGGGCUUGCAGUGCAAAGCCAGACCAAUGUAUCGUUUAUUUACAAUAAAAUGAUCAUUUAUAUGAAA